UGAGUGUGUGAGUGUGAGUGUGAGUGUGAGUGUGAGUGUGAGUUGCUCAGUGGUUAAGGUGUUUGACUACUGAUCAGAAGGUCAUUGGUUUGAAUCCCAGGUCCACCAAGUUGCCACUGCAGCGCCCCUGAGCAAGGCCCUUAGCCCUCAAUUGCUCAUGUGUAUAAACUGAAAUAAGACAAUUCUUGGUAGCAGACCAGAGGGUUCUCAACAUGUGGCAGCAUGUAUGGACUUCCACUUUGUGCUUUAUUGCCAGUGUUUCUGCUGUGGGUCAGUUGGAAAUUAGUACUGAGGAAGUUAACUGGGUCCCUAAACUAAGAGAGCUGGACAAAUUCUCUCAAAGCUCUGAUAUUUCAUUGGCAGAAUCUCAAUCCCAAGCAAUUUCUGAAGUACUUGAUGAACGUGGACUUCUGCUACGACAGAAACGAAAAGUCCUUCUGUCCAGCGGAGUGCAACUCUGUCCCCAGGAGACAAUACAGCAAGCCAUAGCCAGCCAUCUCAAAUAUUACCAGCUAAGAGGUCAUUGCACUAUACUUGGAUCGGACAUCUGGAUUUCUGCUUGGUUGAAUUACCUGGUGUGCCAGGAGGUGGUACGGGAAGCUUUCAAGAUUUUCUUGGACCGCCUACCAAUAGAUGAGGAAUAUGAGCACUGGAUGAGCCAAUGUCAGAGCGGGACAGUCAGUGCAAGGGAGAUUGGCAUUACAAUCAGCCAAUCAGAGGAACAUCUUGCUCUGAUUUACACUAGGCUGAUUCAAACUGGACUGAAAAAUGACACAGUUAAGACCCAUGUGUGCAGGCCUCAGUGUGAGUCAUCCAAAGAGCAGGACAUCAGUCCUUCAGAUGGCGCAGUGGAAAAGCUAACAACAGAGGUCAUUUCAGACACAAUCCUGGAUAAAAUGGGCUUAGAACCUUGGGAAAUUACAACAGCAUCAUUUGGUACCACAAUUUCAGAAGUGCAUAGUGAGGUUAAUAAUGAAAUAGAGCCUGUGCAACAUGCAGCAGUAGAACAUAGAAUGAAUCUCACUGGGAUACUGAAAGGAGAGCAAUGGAGUGUACAGCUCUCAGACCCAAACAGCGACCGAUAUUACACAAUCUCUCAGCAGUUUAGUGAGAAGGUUUCAGGUGCAUUGGAGAAGCUGAACGAAUUCAAGGGCAUAUCUAUCCUGGACCUCAGGCCUCAUCUGGAAACUUCUGGUGGAGAGUCUGUAUUGGUGAACUAUGUAAUCUUACUGCACACAAGGGGACACAAGAUCAGCAGUGAAAUUCUAGACUUCGUCAACAUGCAGUUGAACGUGGUGGAGAGAAACUUUAGCAAUUCAGAGAUGCCCACUGUUCAAUACAGGAUGAAUGACCUACAUGUGUAUACCACUGAGGCUCUGCUUGGUACACAGGGCUGGAAAGCCCAGCUCACAAAUGGACCACAACAACCAGAGAUAAUGUAUGACAGACCACCUACAACAAGAGCACCUGAUUUCCCUGGAAAGGAAGCAGAGGAAGAGUCUAAUUUAUUUGAGGAAGUUGUGAGGGUGACUGAAUUCACUAUACUGCCACGCUUAACUGAGGAGGCCAGCACUUCUGAGGAUACUAAUCUGAAGGAAGACUUGCUUCUACACAAUACAUGGGAAACUCAAACUUUGCCCAGUGUGACUCCUACUGUGGCAUCCAUCCAACCUGCUGGUUUCACAGAUGCUGUUUCUGAACAUAAGACAUAUCAGAUAGAGGACAUUCUUGAAAGUAACCUGUCCAAAAAUCACGGAGGUUACAUUGGAAAUAUGGAUGAAGACACAUCUGUUUUAACUUUCAUACCUCUGGCAGGGGAUUAUGAGUUUUAUGAAUCACCCGGGACUAUAACUAAGUAUCCAGAGGCAUUUCUAGAGGAAACACCUAGUCUCAUAACAUCCAUAAGGACAACAGAAUCAGCUGAGGCAGAAGACCACACACUUACAGAGACAGUCAAAAGAGAAGAAAUAUCUCUAGAGAAGGAGCAGCUUGUGUCUCAUCACCAAAAAAAAACAGAUGUGCAAGAACAUGGUGAGGUUCCUUCACAACCAGAAAUAAGGGUCAUGGAAGUGAUCGAGGCCUCUAGAGAAAUACAGAAGACUGUCACUCUAGCAGGAAUAAUAGAUGAUUACAGUUUCACAGAUAAAGUGAACAAAGGAGAGAAAGCGAUAACAGAAGAUAUUGAUGUUUCCACGGUGAUGGAGGGAGAUGAGUAUGGGCUUGCUGUGGAAUCAAAUGUGGAAACAAUUUCUCCAGCUUUUCAGAUUCCAGAAGAGAUCACCUCAAAUAAACAUCCUGUUCACCCCAUAUACAUAUUUCCAGAUAAAGAGUUUGUUCCCACCAUCUCCACAGAAGUCACUAUGCCUGAGAGCGAGUCUGUUCAUAAUCCAACUGGAACAGAAGAGGGGAGUGAAGUCAGUAUUGCCAUGCCUACAAGCCCUGGACGCGCUCUGAUUGUGUUCUUCAGUCUGCGAGUGACCAAUAUGAUAUUCUCAGAAGAUUUGUUUAAUAAAAGUUCUCCAGAGUACAAAGCCCUGGAGCAGAGGUUCCUUGAGUUGCUGGUUCCUUACCUGCAGUCAAACCUCAGUGACUUUCAGAAUCUGGAGAUACUAAACUUCAGAAACGGCAGCAUUGUGGUGAACAGCCGCAUGAGGUUUUGGAAGCCGGUUCCUCGAAGCGUUACCACAGCUGUCUACCUGAUCCUCGAGGACUUCUGUAACACAGCGUACCAGACCAUGAAUCUGGCCAUAGACAAAUACUCACUAGAUGUGGAGUCAGGUGAUCAGGCAGACCCAUGUAAAUUCCAGGCAUGUAAUGAGUUCGCUGAGUGCUCAGUCAACCGCUGGUCCAGCGAAGCCGAGUGUGUGUGUAACCCAGGGUACUUCAGCGUUGAUAGCUUGCCCUGCCAGAGCAUCUGUGAAAUCCAGCCAGAUUUUUGUCUUAACGAUGGCAAGUGUGAUGUCAUUCCAGGUCAAGGAGCCACCUGCAGGUGUAGAGUAGGUGAGAACUGGUGGUACAGAGGAGAGCACUGUGAGGAGUAUGUGUCAGAGCCACUGAUGGUUGGGAUUGCCAUAGCAUCAGUGGCUAGCGUACUGCUGAUGGCUUCAGGAGUCAUCUUCUUCCUAGCUCGGGCUCUGAGAAAUCAGUAUGAAGAGGAGGUGCAGGACACUGUGAGGAGAGGAGACAGUGUUGGUUCCCUAGAAAGGGCUACAAAGUACAAUCCCAUGUAUGAGAGUGAGGUGACGACGGGUUACAGUCAUUACUAUCUUCGUUAUCCCGAACCUCUGAUCUACAGCAGCGCUAGCGCAGACGCCUCCACGGACUUCAGCAGUGAGGAAAUCAAGCACAUCUAUGAGAACAGUGAACUCACCAAAGAGGAGAUUCAGGACCGGAUUCGCAUUAUUGAGCUGUAUGCUAAAGAUCGUCAGUUUGUGAACUUUGUGAGACAGCAUCAAACUGUGGCAGAGACUCAGAGUGAGAACUCAUCAACAUGAACAGGACCUACACCUAGCGGACUGCUACAUACAACAAAAUAUUCACACAACAAGCUUUUACUCUUAGCAAAUCAGUGAAAUGUCUUCAUAUGUCGGCAAUAUUUCAUUAACUCAUCAUAUCAGUUAAGGAAUCCUUGAGGAACAUUUAGGUGUGUUGUCUUCUCUCUUUCCCAUAUCACACAGAUCUGAAUGUAUAUCUUACGACAUGCUUGUUUUCUAAUCAGUGCCUUAAUGACUGCUUCAAAGAAGGUUGAUUACUCAGCCAUGUAUCCAUAUUAUGCUCCAGUUCAUAUGUGUUUAUUAGUAAACUAAGGUUUAAAUAAACCAUUGUUAAAUCUCCCACAAGCAACAGGGAAUCACAUGUACCAUAUGUACACAAUGUAAGUAUUUCUUUAUAAUAAUCUUAGUAAAGUUGAAUGAUCUUAGUCUUUCUUUUACUGCAUCUCUGAGCAGAUGAAUGUUUUAUUGUCCUUAAAAGCCAUUGCUACUAAAUCUGAGAUGUUACAUGUUUUCAAUUUCCCCACGUCCUUUCUGACAUGGCCAGAAGAGAUAAACAAAGAAAAAAUGAUUGCUUUCCAGGGUUAUUCCUUACAAUCUCAGCCAGCUUUUCCGAAGGUUAUUACAACCAAACUUUUCAUCCAAAGGAUAAAAAGAUAACAGAGACCAAGGAAGGAAUGCAAAAAAGGCUUCUUUUAUGCUGUAUUUAUCUCUAAAUUUAUUCCCAUUAUCUUAAACCAGACUGAUCUCCUAAACAACCCAGAGAAACACACACAAACACAAGCUGACUAAAGCAUGGCAGCUGUAGCUCCUGUAUUCUGUUAGUUUUUAGUUAUGUAUUUUAUUUUUUUUACUUUUAACUCCACUGACAACUGGGCAUGUUAAAUAACAAUAAUACAAUUAAAAAUAAUAACAAAGAUACAGUAACGCAAAAUAAUAAAUGAAUGUAUUUUAGUAUAUGAUUAUCAAUAUUUUUAGCACGUACAUCUUCUUGCAGCGUAAUUACGAUAUACAGCCAUCAAAUGAACCUCAAGGUUUUACUAAUUGAAAUACAAAAUUACGAGUAAGCAAUGUGAAUGUAUUACCAAUUCCAUAAAUUAAUGACCAAUAGAGGGGGGCACAGUGGCUUAGUGGUUAGCACGUUUGCCUCACACCUCCAGGGUUGGGGUUCGAUUCCCGCCCCCGCCUUGUAUGUGUGGAGUUUGCAUGUUCUCCCCGUGCCUUGGGGGUUUCCUCCCCCGGUCCAAAGGCAUGCAUGGUAGGUUGAUUGGCAUCUCUGGAAAA